AUGUAUCGCGGGGACGCGGUCUCGGAUCCGCCGCCGCAGGGUUCAGGACCGCUGCGACCCACCCAGCUGCAAUUGCACCAGCAGUCGUCGCAACCGCCUCAGUUGUCGUUGCAGCAGCAGCAGCAACAACACUUGCAGCACGCUCAGCACCCCCAGCAUCCUCAGCACCACCCCCGAGGUGCCUACCAAAUACCGCAACCGUACGGCUCGAGCGUGGCACCCGCCGGUCCCCCCGGCUCCACCACGUCUGCGCCAAUCUCGACUGGCAGCUACGCGACGACCGGCGGCCAGCCACAAGUGCCCGUGCCAGCAGGAGGGCCAUCGAUGAUGCAUGCACGCAUGUACACACCACCACAUCAGGGUCAUGCCAACCAUCCUCAUCACUUGAUGCAGCAGCAGCAGCAGCAGCAGCAGCAGCAGCAGCAGCAGCAGCAGCAGCAGCAGCAGCAGCAGCAGCAGCAACAACAACAACAACAACAACACCAUGUGCAGCAGCAGCAGCACCAGUUGCAUCAACAGCGAAUGUCAAGUCUGCCCGUCUUCGUGUCACCCUCGACUGCCGUUCCGGCUCAGGCUCAGGCGUCGAGCAGCAACGCCAUCGGACCCCCACCUCAUGGCUCGUACGGACCGAGUGAUGCACGCUCGCUCCACAGCAGUCCGGUGAUGGUCCAUCCUUCGCUCCAACGUGUCGCCAUGGUCAAUGGUUCUCAGAUGCAGCUGCAACCGCAACAACAACAACAACAGCAGCAGCAGCAGCAGCACCACCCUCAAACUCACCCACACGCAGCGGGUCAAUUAGGCCCGAACGGUCCCUCCGCCGCAGCUGGCCCAUCAUCCUACGCGACGCGUGCCUCGCCUUCGCCAGCCAAGCAGCAGUACCAUCAGGUUCAGCACGAGCAUCAACAACAGCUCCAACCGCCCUCGUCGCCGCACAAUGCGUCUCACCAUCAGCCUCCGCAGCAACAGCAGCAACAGCAGCAGCAGCAGCAGCAGCAGCAGCAGCAGCAGCAGCAGCAACACCAGCCAGUCCAGCAGCCGCAACAAGCCCAAUCACAACGGCUGCAACCCGGUUCCGCAGCGGGUCCUCAGUCUUGGAACCGGCCGGUCUCUCCGGUAGAUGGGCGGUAUCCCGACAACAGUUUUGUCACCGAGCGGGACGGGCGACUUGCAGCAACAUCACGAUCGGCCAGUUUCGUCGUAUCACCGCGGCCACCACCGCCGGCUGAACCUCCGUCCCAACCCCAGCCCCAUCAUCCCAACUCGCACCCGAGCUCAGAGCAAGCUCAAGCCCAAGGUCAACAAUCUGCCCCAUUAGGCUCUGGUGAUCUACGUCCCAUUUUCCAGUGUGUUCCCUUGUCACCGGAUUUUGGCCGCUCACCCGUUUCACGUCUUCAUCCUGGCUGAUUUUGUACCCCUUUUCCGCACAGCUCUUACAUCUUUGACUACCUCCAGAAGAGCGGUCUUCACACGGCAGCUCAUGCAUUCUUGCGCGACGUGCCGACGACACCAAUCAGACCUCUCGGGCCGGGUCAAGUUCAUCCCGCAUCAUACAAGGGGAAGGGUCGCAUGCAAGAAUCAAACCCCUCCGGGAACUCGCCAGAGAUCGACCCCCGGACAAUACCUCAAGCGAACGUGCGAAUCGAGUCGCCUGCCGGGUUUCUGUUCGAGUGAGUGCUUCAUGGCCUGUGUACUUUACUAGAUGCCCCGUUUGCUGACCCGAGUCGUUUUUGCACAGGUGGUGGACAAUAUUUUACGAGGUGUUUCGACAACGUGCCGGGCCCAACGGCGUACUGUCAUCGCGCGGACUGGUGGACAUGUCCCACCAUGCGAUCGAUGUCGGUACAAGAAACAGUAGUGGGCCACCGGUGAGCAGUGAAUAUCCCUUAGCCCGUCUGAUUCGAGCCAGAGUGGGAGCUCACGCCGUCUGCUUCCUCGACUUGGGGCCUGAAUAUUUAGCGUGGUUCGACGCCUGUGAACUCCCAACAGCAAUCGCCGCGAAGAGUGACAGCAGUGCCACCUGGCCCACAGCAGCAACAGUACCACCACCACCACCAGCAGCAGCAGCCACCAGCACAGUACCAGGGCAGUUUUACAGGCCAGCCUUCACCGUAUCCGAGUGCAUCCGCUGCCACCCCGACAUCGGGGAGGCAGCCGCCGCCGCAACGGGUCAUCAUUGCCCCUGGCGGCUCCUAUGGUCCAGGUCAAGGUGGGCCCAUUUCAGGCGGUGAACAGAACUCGAACGCAUACUCGACACCGGGAGGUGCAGCGCCUCAGCAACACGCGACAUUACAGGUCAGCCAAGCCGGCCAAUUACCGCAGCAGCGGGGGAUCAUGGCGAAUACGAUGGGUGGACCCGGUGGGCCGCCGGGUGGACCGCAUCAGACACAGAUGCAACAGGCGCAACCUCCAGGUCCACUUCAGAGGCAGAUGAGCCACCGACCCGCUCCGGCGCAGUAAGUCUGACGCGACCGAUUCCAGUUGAAUUACGGGCUUGCCGACUGACCUUACUUUGCCACUUCGCUCGCUAUAGGGGUUCGCACCCUUCGCAGUCGGCGCCAGGUGGGCAAAACGCUGGAUUGGCACCUCAAGGGCAGCGACCGGCCUACCCGCAGCCUUCGGAGCAGCAGCAGCGAUUCGAUGCGCACAACGGGGCUAUGGAGAUGCACGGAUCAGCCGCGGUGUACUCGGGUGAUCGUCAGGGUCUGACCAAUGGGGCUCGACAUCAUCCGGGCCAGCCACACAUGUCGAAACAGCAGCCGCAGCAGCAACAUCAACAACCUGCGUACCCGGGGCCACCUCAGCAAAGUGCGUACCACUCGCACGCGCAAGCUCAAUCGCAGAUGGAGAACCAGCGACAACCCGGGCCCUCCCCGCUUCCGGUCGGCGGUCCCUCACCGGGCCAUCAGUAUCCUCAUGCGAAUGCAGCCGUCGCAAGCUCUGCGGAACUGUCGUCGCAAGCCCAGGCUUUAGCUCUGCAGCAGCAGCGGAUCAUGUUGGCGAACCGGCGGUCGCCUCCAACCGGGCCAGGCGCCACGAUGCAGUCGAAUGCGCCAAGAAUGCACCCCUCGGGGAUCGAUGUCAACAGCAACCCGCCCUCUCCAGCGAAGCGAUUUGUCGCGGCCAAAGGGGGCCCUGUUAACGGGAAUGACCCACAGGCACAGCACUCUCAACCUCCGCUGGUUGUUAAUACUUCGUCCCCGUACACGAAUGGCGCUCAGGACAGCUACGGCAGCCCAGUGCGACCUGAUCAGUACGGCGGCAACUAUCAGCCCGUCGGACUUGCCCCUACGCCAGAAUCCUCUUCACUUUACCCAAGUGCUGAUGAUGCCUCGUUCCGGCGCAUGGCCUCCUUGCCUGACCCGAAUCACCUCAACGGGGCCUCAGCCAUGACGAACGCAGCCAGUCCCCACGCCCCACCCUCGUCUACUCCAGGGGCCCAACAAGGUAAUGGGGUCAACGGGAACUCGCGGCCCUCCUCGACAACACCGCGUAUCCAGGCGGUCGAACCGACUGUUGCGCUGCAGCAAGAGAUUUCCCGCUCGCAACUGCAAGCGCACCAGUUGGAAGGGCAGAUGCCCGCGCCCGCGCUCCGGAAUGCGUUAACACCUUCUGCAAGUGCCGGCGGAUCCAGGACACCUGCGGCGACGCCCGGCGCGAAUGGACUCGUCGGAGCACCCGAGACACCUAGCCAAUACGUCACUUCGCCAACGAUGCUUCGAACGCCGACUCCUCAGACCUCAAGCGGCAUUUCUCCGCACGCGAUGACCUCAGCCACGACGCCAGGCUCAAUUCCCGUGGCGCUGAAGCAAAGCAAUACGACGACCGCGAAGCGGAAGCGAGAAGUGGCCAAGGAAGCUUCGGCCGCAACCAAGAAGUCUCGAGCUGCCUCUGCUGCAAUUGCGAAGCCGCCUCCGAGGAGCGGGCCGAACGAACGCAAACGCUCUCUCUCGACCGCCUCGGCGACUACGCCGGCCAAUGUCGCGUUGCCAUCGACGCCCUCUCCGGCCUUGGGUGAUACCCCUCUGCCAGUGUCCACGCCGGCACCGACGGGCAUCGUGGCCACCGAGUCGACGGAGACGGGCCCAAUUCCGUCCGGUGCAGCCGUCGCAUCACCUCAGCACCUGUCGGAUUCGUCCAUCUUCUACAACCCUGCGACCUUAGAGGCUUCCGAUCCGAUCUCGAAACUCGGCAGCACCACGGGUGGUGCUUUCUACACAUUGGACGAGGGGGGCUCGACGGGCUCGGAGACUGGGGGAGUCAACGGAAACGGAACCGGGACCGGAGCUGGAGCUGGAACCAUGAUGUCGGACGAGAUCGACGCAUUGUUCGCGACUUCGACCAAUUCUCUCGGAUCGGCCGUUCCGGAUCAAGGGCAGUUCGUCGACUACACCUCGUUCUUCAACGGGGCCAACUUUGAUGGUUUCGAGAGCUUCGACCUGACGGCUUGA